AGAUUUAUGAAAUAGGCAAUUAUUUAAGCAGCAAAUAUGGUAUCAUCAAGUCGUACAAAAGAACCAGCAAAGUUUGACUUAAAAAAGGUCCCGGCCAGAGUGGAUCGUGUAAAUGUCAGUGGUUUGUUACGAACCCACAAUGACUAUGUCAUGAAAGCAGCAGAAAAUCUCUUCAAGGCCAACAAUUUCCAAGAUGUGAUGCUGGAGAGCAUGCAAGCCAAAGCAUACUUGCACGAAUUGGGCAUUUUUAAAGAUGUUAGUAUACACAUAGAUGUGAGUCGUGGAGAAAAUGCCAGUCCGGAUGGUUACGAGGUUACGUUCAAGGGUCACGAAUUAUCACGCAUUGUAGGUUCAGUUGGAACAGAGGUCGGACAAAAUGAGGGUUCCCUUCGCACCGAGUUGACAAUUCCGAAUUUGUUUGGGAGAGGCGAGAGUAUUUCUCUACAAGGAUCAUAUAGCAGCAAACGUGCUAAUGAUAUUCAAUUAAAGUUUUGGAAAUCGUAUUUCCAUACACGAUUUGUGGAAAACAGACCUGAAAUAUCAUUUUCCAUAUUCCGACACUUGGAUCGUUUUAAUGUAAGCAAAUUUCAAAACACAAACUAUGGAUGCAUGGCUGAAUUUGCAGUCAACACUCUGACACCAAUAGAGCUGACUCACUCAUUUCAAUACGAAGCCUCCAUACGAGAACUGUCUUUAUUGCAAAAAACGGUGCCCAUGGCUAUAAGGGAACAUUGUGGCCCCAAAUUGGCAUCCCUUCUCCGUUACUCAGUUAUUUUCGAUCAAAGAGACAACCCAGUAUUUCCCACGCAAGGCUUAAUGGUUAAGUCUAUAAACGAAUAUUGUGGCUUGGGUGGCAAUGUGGCCUACGCUAGCAACAACACACAUGCAGAAAUUAGUUUUCCUCUGUUCGGUGGCAUCGUGGCGCAGGUGUGCGGCCGUGUGGGUGUCAUUAAGGAAACGAAGAAAACCACAGUACUGCCCCUAAGCAAUUUAUUCUAUUGUGGGGGACCGUUGACGCUCCGUGGCUUCGAAUUCGGUGGUGCUGGUCCAGUAGUCGAUGGAACGCCAAUAGGAGCACAGACAUAUUGGUCCGCUGGUCUGCACUUAUGGGCCCCACUACCAUUUAAUAAAGUUUUCAAAGGUUUGGCGAAUAACUUCCGUACACAUUUGUUUUAUAAUGUGGGAAAUUUCAACACAUUCUCCACAGAAAACAUGCGGACUGCUGCUGGUAUUGGUUUGGCAUUUAAGUUGGCUGAACGCGCACGAAUCGAACUGAACUACUGUAUUCCAAUGCGAAAGUGUAUGGGCGAUAAGGUUACCAACGGUUUCCAAUUUGGCAUUGGUUACGAAUUUGUUUGAACAC